CAUCAUUCCAUCCCGAAACCGAAUGUCGUCAUAACGCUUCUGAAAUCACGGUAUAAAUUAUUCAUUUUUUGUCCUCGAGCCGAAGACACACGUUUUGGAUCGAUGUGGCUACUGGAACAAGAAGGGGAUGUCUUCGGAGGUCGACGGCUCUGGCUCCGGCCGGGUCAGCUGUACCUCUUCGGCCGAACUACCUCGGAACCCGGCCAACUCGCCAUCUCCCACAAGACCAUCUCGCGGAAGCACAUGACCAUUCGUGUUGACAGCGUGCCACAGGGCGACAGCCAAAACCUCUCCACGCGAUCCAUUGCCGUUAUCGAAGACCUAUCGACCAAAACCGGGACAACUGUCGACGGGCAGAAAUUUAGAGGCGAGACUUAUACUGUCACACAAUCAAACGUCGAGAUCAAGCUGGGAUCAUGUCCAGAAAUAUUUAGGCUAUUAUGGCAUCCUGUCGCCUUAGCUUUCAGUUUCACUAGUCGUGAAUUGCAAGCAGACCCCUUCAGCCGGCUACGCGAAGCCCUCGAACAGCUGGACAUCAAAAUAUCACACGAAUACAAUAUCCGGCACACGACCCACGUCGUGUCCAAGAAACGCAACACUCCAAAAGGCCUGCAAGCUCUUAUCAAUGGCAGGUAUAUCGUUACAGACGCCUUCGUCGACGCCAUCAUCGAGGCUACACAGCGACCGGACGACGCCGACCCUUCUUCCCCAUCCCCCUUGGAGCAAGACUUUGACGGAAACUGGCCAAACCCUCUCGAAUAUUUGCCUCCCCGUGGAGGGGAGCCAGUGGAGAGACCGACAGACGCCUAUGCCCCCGAUGGUAGCCGCCAAGAUUUGUUCGAGGGCUACACCUUCAUAUUCUACGACCGAACCCAAUUCGAUAACCUCCUAGACCCCAUUACCAACGGCAAGGGCAAGGCUCUCUUCAUGGAGGUCACCCCGGAGAAGACGCCCGUGGACGACUUUAUUCGUUUUGUCAAGACAGAAGCAGGCGAAAAGGGGCUGGGUUCAUUCGAGGAUGGAAGCGAGGGUCGCGGCGUGGUCGUGGUCCGCUACACGCCCAGCAAAGGUGACCACAUGGACUGGUACGCCGGUUUCUUCACCCAGGUCUCGUUACGUCUGGACCACCGCCCCAUAGAACAGAAGGAGUUUCUAGAGGCCAUAUUGAUCAAGGAUGCGAGCAUUCUGCGGCGACCACUCGAAGUCGCAACUCCUCAGGAUACCCCAGUCGCUUCUUCAGCUGCGCAGCAAGUCGCCGCGAAUACCGGGGAGGCGAUGGAGGUUGAUCAGCCCGGCACUUCUCAGGAAACAUCGCAGGAUCGCAGCGCAGGGUCGUCUGUGCCAGUAUCAAGACGUACUCGGGCCAGGAGAGCACCAACACGUCGAUUCGCCGGAUUCGCAAGCGAAGACGACGAAGACGACGCCGACAAGGACAAUACCGCGACGCCAGAUAUUCCCAUCGAAAACCCCCCCAACACCGAAGAGGAGCAUCACGGCUUGUUCGUUUCACAACAUCCAGCACCCUCACCCGCGGAAGCCCCGGAAUCUGGCGCGACGGCCUCAAACCCGUUUCGGAAGCGCAACGUUGAAGACGUCCUUGGGGGUAUGCUCCCCACAGCAGAUGCGGUCAAACGCCGCCGUAUCGAGGCUGGCGAAGACCCCGUGCCUGGCCGGCCGACCCCCCCUCCCACAGCAGCAGCAGCAGCACAAGAAGCCGAAACAACGCCAAGAGAGCCGAAACCACCGCUGAAGAAGCCGAAAAAGGAGCUCGACGUCCUCGAAGAAGCGCGAAAACGCCGCGAGGCGCUGGAAGCCGAGGCCAAGGCCGAACAGGAAGACCUCGCCACCCUGCCCUCGGACAUGGACCUCAACGCCAUCCGCCGCCUCCACAUCGUGGAGGAGAUCAAGGUCCGGCGGCGGCCCGCAGAAACAGCAGGCGGCGCCGGCGGCCAGCGCACGCGCACGCGCGAACAGGACGUCGCGGAGGGCCGGUGGGACCCGCGGUGGAACGGGCGCAAAAGCUUCAAGCGGUUCCGGCAGCGCGGCGCCCCGACGGGACGACCGCCGAUGAAGGUCAUCGUCCCGCUGGCGGAGGUCAAGAAGAAGGACUACGGCAUCGGGGACGAUUACUGGUUGGAGGACGACGGGGAGAAGCGCAAGAACGAGACGCAGCAGAGUGUUGGUGCGGUGCGGGAUUCGGUCCCAUCGGCGGCGGGCGCGCCAAAGCAGCUGUCAUCUGCCAGGACGGCGGCGCAGCGGAUCGUCCUGACAGACGAUAGUAGUGGCGAGGACGGACGUGACGUCGUCGAGGGAGGAACGUCGGUUGGAAGGGGCCCGAAUGAUAAUGAUGGUGAUGGUGACUCUGUGUUGCCUCCUCCGCAGUCCAUACGCACAGGGUCGUCGCGGACCGCGGUGGCAUCGGAGACAACGCAGAGCACGCUCUCCGGCACGCGAUCUGCGACUAGGAGCCAGACGCAAGGACAGACUUCUCAGAGGUCGGCGGCGGCGGGGAAGAGGUCGGCGGCAGCCCCUCCCGCGAGGGAACCGGUGGCCAAGAAGCCGCGGGCGACGAGGAGGAUAGCGGAGGUGCAGGACAGUGACGACGGGAGCGAUGAUGAGCUGCAGUUCAAGUUUGGGAGACGGCGGUAGAUACCAGGUUCAUGAAUACAUGAUUGUUCAUGGCGACG